AUGUCUUACAACGACAGCUCUGGGACCUUUUCUUCUCAUUCUGUUGGAGGUUACCUGGGGUACCGAUUUCCUACCUAUGAUGCUUUCUACCCAAACAAUGUGAUCUACGAUCCCAGCACCAGCCAGGUGGGCUCAUCCAUAUUCAAUGGCUGUCAGGAGACCUACUGUGAGCCCACCAGCUUCCAGAGACCCUAUACAGUUCUCAGAAACUACCAGAAUUCCUGCUACUACCCAAAGAAUCCCAUCCUCUGCAGACCCUGCCGGGAAAAUUAUGCUACAUCUGGAGGAUGUGGAAAUAAGGGCUUUGGGGCUUUGGGCUAUGGAAACACUGGCUUCCACUCUUUGCGCUGUGGGUCCAGCUUUGAGUCCCCAACUUGGUUUUCUUCCAGGAGUUACCAGUCAACUUGUUACCAACCAACUUUUGUUUCGUGCUUUUCUGAAUUGACCUACUGA